AUGCUUGCAGCUUUCCAAUCGAGUGACCCCGCCUUCAGCAUCUACCGCAAUUUCGAAUACUUGCACUCUCGUGUGCUUUUAGACCUACAAUUUGAGCUUUCGGAAUUAGAACAAGAACUCCGUUCUAAAGAUGAUGACGACGCUGAGUGCGACAUCGGGCAAAGGCGGCUUAUAUCGAGGAGACGAGACGAUGUUGAGGCAAGAAAAGAAGUGCAAGAGGACCAGGACACUAGAACUCGACGACAAAUCCUGACUGAGAUCCGGCAGAAAUUGGUGGAAUAUGAUGAGGUCCUUAUUAAAGCCCGAGAGACCGCGACAUUCCAGCGCCCAAACAAACGUGACUACAAGAGCGUCACAACAUGGUUCAUGAACUGGAAACCGUUGGUCCAGAGAGAGUGGAUCUCUCUACAGCACCAAGAGGACAUGCUCACCCUUCGCCAAGGCAGAGAAUGGGCAGGAUUCGAUGGUUUCAUUGAAAACAUGUUGACUAAAUUUGACUGCAAGCUUCUCAGACGGAUAUUCCAGCCACGUCUCUUGUCGAACAAAACAAAGGACAAACACCUCCACUACUACGACGCUAAAAGAGUCGAAUCGUUUGUCGCCCUUAUCAUCACUAUUGUCAUAUUCAUUCUCCUAGUCUUGCCUGUGGUCCUCAUGUACGAACUGACCAGCUUCGGGGACCGCCAAUCGACUUUCAGAGCGAUUGGAGUGCUUGUGGUGUUUACCCUUCUCUUUUCAGCAGCCAUGUCCCUGCUGACAAAGGCCAAACGUCAUGAGCUGUUUGGUGCGUCUGCUGCCUACUGCGCUGUGCUGGUGGUUUUCAUUUCAAACUUCAACUGA